CUCUUGAGCUUCUUCUCCGGGGGCGAUUUGAUGAGCCAGCCCGUGCAGACGACGUGCCCGGCGCUCAUCUUCUCCGCCCCCCCCUUGCCGUCCCACUCGGGAGAAGCCCAGCAGGUCGGUCGGGGGCGAGGCGCGCCGGAUGGUGCCCUGGGCAGACCCAGCCAGCUGAUGCCGUCGGGCGAGCGCUGCGGGUGGGGACCUCGCCACGAUCGCCUCCCUUCGGCCGCGUUGCUCCCGAAGCCGACGCCGCAGCUGUGCUGCUGCCGCUGCUGCCGCCUCCGACGCCGACGCCGCUGCAAUCAGGAGGAAGUCAUGACAUUGAUCAGUGACACACACAGGCGGCUCCCGACACAAUGCGAGCCGUCCAGGAGGCACGUGAUGCCGCCGGGGCCGGGCCGAGCCCUAUCAACAAAAAUAAGCACGUGCAAAAAGGCCAAGAGGCCGCUGCCCCCCCCCCCCGGUUCUCCUCCUCCUCCUCCUUUGCAGGCUCUUUUGCCUUCUGCAGAGAUGGGCUGCCUCCUCGCAGGCUUGGUGCGAUCGACCUUCUCCUUUGCUAGAAUCCCCGUCGGAUGCAUUUGGAAAACCGGGCUGGGCAGGCGGCAGCUUCAAGCCGGCGGGAUCCACUUUGGGGGGGGGGUUCCCCCUCCCCUUCUUGUUUUUUUUCUAGAGCCCGGAGAUCCACCAGCCGCAGCCAGCUGCAAAAGAGAUCAUGCUUCGAGGGAAAGAAUGCUGAGCCCAGGGAUUUGUUCUGGAGGACUGAAGGAAGCUCACGCACGGUUUUGCUAUACAAUCACACACACGCGAGGGCUUAUCUGUUCCAUUUCGGGCAUGGAGAUUGCCUAAGGUAAGUAAUUAACACUGCAU